AUGUCUAAUAUAUCUCUUGAUAAAGAAACGUUUUUUAGGCGUAUGAAAAGGCUGUACGCAGCGUGGAAGGCUGCAGCUUCAGACUCUAAAAGUGAGGAUGCAUUAGCUAAGAUUGAUUGCUUAGUUUCAUGUGUUGGAGUGGAUGAGGAUACACUUUAUAGCAAAUCAACCGCGCUACAGACUUGGCUAUUCGGAUAUGAGCUUCCAGAUACUAUAACAGUCCUUACAGAGCAGUCUAUGUGUUUUUUGGCGAGUAAAAAGAAAAUAGAGUUUUUAAAACAAAUUGAAAAUGGCAAAGAAGAUUCAGAUUUGCCUCCUGUUAAACUUCUCAUUAGAGACAGAAAUGAUCAUGACAAAGGAAACUUUAGUAAACUUAUUCAAGAGAUUAAAAAAUCGAAAUCAGGAAAAACACUUGGCGUAUUUGCUAAGGACAAUUACCCUGGUGAGUUUUGUGAGAGCUGGAAGACUGCUAUGAAAGCGGAGAAGUUUGAAAAUGUUGAUAUUAGCUCAUCAGUGGCUAUACUUAUGGCACCUAAAGAAGAUUCUGAGGUUAUCACUAUAAAGAAAGCUUGUUUGGUCACAGUGGAUGUUUUUACUAAGUACUUAAAGGAUCAAAUUAUGGAAAUUAUUGAUUCAGAUAAAAAAGUAAAACACUCAAAAUUAGCAGAGGGUGUGGAAGCAGCGAUAUCAGAUAAAAAAUAUGUAACAGGAGUUGACACAAGCCAAGUAGACAUGUGCUACCCACCCAUCAUUCAGUCUGGAGGGAACUACAGCCUGAAGUUCAGUGCAGUUUCAGACAAAAAUCACCUACAUUUUGGUGCAAUUGUCUGCUCUUUGGGUGCAAGGUAUAAGUCGUAUUGCUCAAACAUUGUCCGUACAUUGCUGGUCAAUCCAACAGAUGAAGUUCAAAGCAAUUAUAAUUUUUUACUAAAUAUUGAAGAGGAAGUCAUGAAAAAGUUAGUAGCUGGUGCUAAGUUGUCCUCAGUCUAUGAAGCUGGCUUGGAAUUGGCUAAAAAGGAAAAGCCUGAGUUAGUUGAUAACCUUACGAAAACAUUUGGAUUUGCCAUGGGUAUAGAAUUUAGAGAAAGUUCCAUAGUGAUUGGUCCAAAAACAUCGCAAGUGGCGCGAAAAGGCAUGGUGUUUAAUAUCAACAUUGGCUUGGGCAAUCUAAGUAACAAGGCAGCCACUGAAAAAGAGGGGAAGACAUAUGCAUUAUUCAUUGGUGAUACGGUGUUAGUAAAUGAGGAACAGCCCGCCUCACUCCUUACACAGUCUAAGAAGAAGAUCAAAAACAUUGGUAUCUUCCUCAAAGAUGAUGAUGAAGAAGAAGAAGAAGAAAAAGAGAACAAAACUGAAAUACUUGAAAACGGAGGUCGCGGGAAGCGCACGGCGGUGAUCGAGUCCAAGCUGCGCACCGAGCACUCGUCGGAGGAGAAGCGCAAGGAGCACCAGCGCGAGCUCGCCAUCGCGCUCAACGAGAAGGCCAAGGAGCGCCUCGCCAAGCAGUCCAGCGGCAAGGAGGGCGAGAAGAUACGCAAGAGCACCGUCUCCUACAAGAGCGUGGGCCAGAUGCCGCGCGAUCGGGACGAGCUGCGGGAGCUUAAGUUGUAUGUCGACCGCAAGUACGAGACGGUGAUCCUGCCGAUAUUCGGCGUGCCGGUGCCAUUCCACAUCUCCACAAUAAAGAACAUCUCGCAGUCGGUGGAGGGCGACUACACGUACCUAAGGAUCAACUUCUUCCACCCUGGAGCCACCAUGGGCCGUAACGAGGGCGGACACUACGCACAACCUGAUGCUACCUUUGUUAAAGAAGUCACAUACCGAAGUACAAACACAAAAGAACCAGGUGAAAUAUCACCUCCCUCAUCAAAUUUAAACACUGGCUUCAGACUUAUAAAGGAAGUUCAGAAGAAGUUUAAAACAAGAGAAGCAGAAGAGAGGGAAAAGGAGGAUCUCGUCAAACAAGACACAUUGGUUCUUUCUCAGAGCAAAGGCAACCCCAAACUAAAAGAUUUAUACAUAAGACCCAAUAUUGUUACAAAAAGAAUGAGCGGUUCCUUAGAAGCGCAUACGAACGGCUUCAGGUUCACAUCAGUGAGAGGGGACAAAGUGGAUAUAUUAUACAAUAAUAUUAAGAACGCCUUCUUCCAGCCGUGUGAUGGAGAGAUGAUCAUUCUGUUACAUUUCCAUUUGAAGCAUGCUAUUAUGUUUGGCAAGAAGAAGCACGUGGACGUGCAGUUCUACACGGAGGUGGGCGAGAUCACGACGGACCUCGGCAAGCACCAGCACAUGCACGACCGCGACGACCUGGCGGCGGAGCAGAGCGAGCGCGAGCUGCGCCACAAGCUCAAGGUGGCCUUCAAGAGCUUCUGCGAGCGCGUCGAGAACAUGACCAAGCAGGAAGUGGAGUUCGACACGCCCUUCCGGGAGCUGGGCUUCCCCGGCGCGCCCUUCCGCAGCACCGUGCUGCUGCAGCCCACCUCGGGCGCGCUCGUCAACCUCACCGAGUGGCCGCCCUUCGUCAUCGCGCUCGAGGACGUCGAGCUCGUGCACUUCGAGCGCGUCCAGUUCCAUCUCAAGAACUUCGAUAUGGUCUUCGUCUUCAAGGACUACGCCAAGAAGGUGGCGAUGGUCAACGCCGUGCCGAUGAAUAUGUUGGACCACGUCAAGGAGUGGCUCAAUUCUUGCGAUAUUCGUUAUUCGGAAGGUAUUCAGUCCUUGAAUUGGACCAAAGUUAUGAAGACAAUCACAGACGACAUAGAAGGUUUCUUCGACAACGGCGGUUGGUCCUUUUUAGAUCCAGAAUCGGAUGCAGAAAAUGAAGCGCAGGAUGAUGAAUCGGAAGAAGAAGACGACGCAUACGAACCCACAGACGCGGAGACGGAGGAGGAGUCUGAGGACGACUCUGAGUACGACUCGGAAGCCUCUGACGCGUCUGAGGGCUCCGGAGACAGCGAAGGUAUGGAAGAGGAUGAGGAAUCAGGCAUGGAUUGGUCAGAUUUGGAGCGAGAAGCGGCUGAAGAGGAUAAAAAGGAACGCAAUUACGAUCGUGAGACUGAUUUCGAUCGUAAACGCAAAGGCGGUCGCGACAGACCGCGCUCAUUCGAUGACGAAGGCCGUAAGAAAAGCAAACACGACAAAAGUUCGAGCCACAAAAGUUCCAGUUCAAAUCACAAAAGUUCCAGUUCAAAUCAUAAAAGUUCCAGUUCAAAUCACAAAAGUUCCAGUUCAAAUCAUAAAAGUUCAAGUUCAAAUCAUAAAAGUUCAAGUUCUAAUCACAAAAGUUCACACAAGAGUCCAUCGAAACAUAAUAGUAGCAGCAGCCCGUCCAAGAGCCGCGAGCGCGCGCACAAGUCGUCGCCGCCUGAGCGCGCGCCCGGCGCCGGCCAGCGUCCGCACAAGCGCGCGCGCGACGACAGCCGCGACCGCGCGCACAAGAAACACAAGAAA